AUGGAAGAUCAACAAUACGUCAUGUCCACAUCAAUGGUGCAGUAUUUCGAGGAAAUGGAUAAUUAUAUGAGAGAGAACCAGAUUCUAAAGACCCAUACAGACCUUGUCGAGGAAGACCGUUGGAAAGAAGAGAACAGAGGAAUUCUGAAUUUUAACCAAGAAACAGAUAAUGGGUGUCAGCUAUUCACCCAAAAGAUCAGCUUCACAAGUCCAGACCACAUGGCUGCAUCAGGCCGUAAGCCUGAUGCAGCCAUGAGGAAUGACGAAGAGAUCAAGUCGGAUGUGCCUGAUCUACUACAGCCUUUGGAUCAUUAUGAAGAACGAACCAGCCAAGACCAAGUUGAGAAAAGUACUAGUUCAAAAGAAGAUGAACUCACUAGCAAGAGAAAAUCUAAGAUAUCAGACAAGGAACGUGCUAGAAGAGCAAGACAACGCAAGAAGAAAUAUUAUGAAGACUUAGAGAAGAGAUGCGAAAAUUUAGAAACCGCAUAUCACAAGCUAACCAAAGAACUUGAGUAUUGCAAGCAUAAAUUGAGCAUCUAUGAAAAUAAUUCUGAUGCCAACUUGAAUAAGGGAUUUCAGGACCUUGAAAAGCAGUUCUUUGAAAGAGUUAUCGACUUCAUUGAAAAAUCAGACAACGCAGUAAACUGCGUCGAGACUUUCAAGAAGAUAGGCAAAUCGUACGGUGCAUUCGGAGAGGAGAAGGUAAAAAUCCUUGAUAAUUGCAUUAAUAUGUUCCUUGAGAAUGCCUUCUCAGGGUCCAUGAUAAAGCAAGACCUGUAUAUUCUUGACAAAAAGUUUCCUACUACUUUUGCAGAGAAAGAAAGCUUCAUGAAGAUGAAGAAGUUUCAACAAUUCGAGAAAUAUCCAGAUGAAUUUGUCAGAGACUGGGUACUUCAAAGAGAACUUGUACUAAAGAAGAAAGAACAGUUCAAUAACGAAAUUCUUAAUGCUAUUCCAGUACUAACAGAUAUCAAGAAGGGAAUGGAGGAUGGCCUCAAAUGACUCUUUGAAGGAAGGGAUUUGAUCUACAGAGCUCUCAUGAAAUAUGAUGUUCUACACUCUUUGUAUGAAGGUAGAAUUUUACCAAGAAAUUAUACCAUAAAUCUCAUGAAAGAAGUCAAGCAGUCUUCCUUCACUAUUUCCUACAAGGAUGUCUUUGGGAUUCAAGAAAAUAAAAUCGAAGUGGAGGAGGAUAUUGAGAUCCCUAACCAGAAAGCAUUGAAGAAGUUGAGAGUGAAUGCAUUCAAAAUGGAUCCCAAGCUUCCUAUACCGACAAAUCUUUCUGGAACCUUUAAGUAUACCCACAUGCGUCUUGUAAGAUAGAGUCU